CCUUAUGUUUGAGGCUGGAUGUUCUGAGUCUACAAGGCCGAAACAAUUUAAGUGGUCUGUGCUUAACAUCCUACCCUGAUUGGAUUUCAUGACACUUUAUUUUUGUGAAGGGAAAGCUUGAUGAAAAUCACCAAAGCUUUAUUUUAUUGAAGAUAUACCUAAUAUAUCGUACGUCAACCUUCGAGACUGCAGAUCCCCAUACCUACCUACCUACCUACUUAUCAAGGAGGAAGUGUCUAACAUUACUUCUACGGUAUUUCUAUACGCUCAUAAAUAUGCCACCAAGAUUAAAUAUUCCUCCAGUGACGAGGAUACUACUCAUCGCAUUACUAUCUGAAUCCAUUCUGAGUGCCGCAAUUCGAUACAAACAAUGGAAUAAGGAAACCGCCGCAGAGCUUCACGUAGUAGUUCCAUACCUCUCGCUCGUCCCUCAAUUAUCCUUUGUAUAUCCCUGGACGUUUUUGACAACGACAUUGGUGGAAAAUAAUGUGUUUACGCUGGGGAUCGCUGGAGUGACGUUAUUUUAUGGAGGAAGAUAUCUGGAGCGAGCAUGGACGUCGAGGGAAUUCGCAAAGUUCAUUGUAGUCGCAUCACUCAUUCCUAACCUUUUGACCUUUGGGACUUUGGUUUUCUUCUUUGCUAUUACGGGUGAUAUGAGCUGGGCUCUUAGCUCAAUAAACGGAACCAUCCCCCUCCAAAUCUCCUUCCUAAUCGCCUUCUCUCAACUCGUACCAACCCACACCGUCACCCUUUUCAAAGGCAUCCUCUCUCUGCGUGUCCCUCGCUUCCCCGCCCUCCAUCUCCUCACCAUCCUCACCCUCUGCGCCAUCCAACUCCUCAGCAUAUCCUCCCUCUUUCUCGUCUCCUACGCUUUCCUCGCCUCCUACACCUACCUCCGUUUCUACAAAUCUGCCUUCCCCGACCUCGACUUCAAUCAAUCCCCCACUCUCCGUGGCGACGCUUCCGAAACCUUCGCUUUCGCAGAAUUCUUCCCCGGUCCCCUCAAACCACUCAUCGCUUCCCUCGCAGAUACAAUAUUCAAUACUCUCGUCGCCCUCAAAAUCUGCACUCCCUUCUCUGCAGCAGAUGUCUCAGCCAGCAGAGGCGAUUCCUCAUAUAUUCCACAAAGAACUGCCCCCGGCGGCGCAAGAGCAGAAGCAGAAAGAAGAAGAGCCCUAGCUCUCAAAGCCCUAGAUCAGAGAUUACACGCUGCGAGCAGUAAGAAUGUACCACCGCCCGCUCCCUCGGGUCCGAGUAUCGCGACGCAACCGCAGCCCGGAACACAGACGGCGAUGACGAGUCAACAGGGGGGAUUGUUGGGCGAAACAAAUUAUGUGCCUGAGGGACAUGAUGAAAAUAAGGGGGGUUCGUGAUGAGGUUUGGAAAUGAGGGGUGAGAGAAGAUUCUUAAUGGGAAUGGAUAAUGAGUAGAAGCUUUUUGAUAGAGUUAUGAGCUAAGGUUAAUGCGGAUGAAUUUGUCUCGGGUAUGGAUACUUGGACUCUGCAUACUGGCUUUGGUGAUUACCUGGGUGGGUGGAUACUUUGUCUUUGUUUCAUGGUUCUAUGGCAUCCUGUUGGACUUUGAUUGUAUUCUAAGUCUCUCUCCCAGUUCAGUUCUUCAACCGAGCAUCCGAAAUGAUUAUAUCUAUGAUACCCACUACUAUACUAUAUACAUAUACCAUAUUCAUUCA